CAGUCCUCCCUGUAUUAUGUAUUCUCCGAUCUUCUACGCAGCUCUUCAGUAUCCACGGCUUCAACCUUCUACCGCAUAACCCACAUUCAAAUUUCAGCAACCAUUCAAGCAAACUUCAAGGAGAAAGCCGCCGGACCACUCCGUCUUCGCGGAAUCCCAGCCACACCGCCGCUGGAUCGCGGCGGCCUUCGCCGUGUAUUUGUCUCAGUCAGCAGCUCCCUCGACCGCUGUCCACUCCGACUAGUCGUAAAUCCUACGACAGCAGCUUGCAGCUCCUCAGGCAUUGCCUCCAGCUGUUAUGCUCCAGUAAAGUAACCAUGUAUCGGGGUAUGGUAAUAGCAAAUCAUCCAAAUGUAUGUGUUUCCUUGAUCUCCAAAUGUGAGAAGUUAUUUAUAAAUGCCCAUUCCCAUUACUCAAGUACAUGCCAUUUUCAGCGGCAAUUACACAAUUCGUCAAAAUCUGUAACGCUUUUGGCGAAAGAAUGUUUUAAUGCAUCUAUGAUAAACUUUAUUCCAGUUUCUUUCUAUUCUUCUGAUGCAAUCCGACGCCUGAGGGCCCCCCCAACAAGGUCUCUGAGAAGGAGGAUGCGCAAAAGAGCUUUGGCUGCUGCCAAACCUGUUCUUGAUGAAUCCCGGGUUCAAAGGGCAAUAUCUCAACUUCCACCUAGAUUUACCCCUGAGGAGCUGUUCAAUGUCAUGAAUGUAGAAGAAGAUCCUUUGGUGUGUUUAGAAUUGUUCAACUGGGCAUCAACUCAACAUAGGUUCAGGCAUGAUGCCUCAACGUUCCACAUAACCAUACAGAGGCUUGGUGCAGUGAAAAUGUAUCAGGAGAUGGAUGUUGUUGUCAAUCAAGUGCUUGCUGUUCCCUCUAUUGGUUCUGAGGCACUUUACAAUACUAUGAUAUACUACUUCACAGAAGCUAGGAAGUUGACUAGAGCUGUAAAUAUAUUUAAGCAUAUGCAGAACAGUAAGAAAUUGGAUUGCAGGCCGUCAAUAAGAACUUACAAUAUUCUUUUUGCUGCACUUUUGAGUAACGGAAAGAAUUCUUAUAUAAGUCACCUGUAUAUGGAGACCACUCGUAGCCUAUUUAAACAGAUGAUUAAUGAUGGGGUUGAACCAGAUAUCUUUUCCUUGAAUUCUAUGAUAAAAGGAUAUGUUCUUUCACUUCAUGUGAAUGAUGCUCUGAGGAUAUUUCACCAGAUGGGUGUUGUCUAUAAGUGCCAUCCAAACUCUUUUUCCUAUGAUUAUCUGAUCCAUGGAUUGUGUGCACAAGGUAGAACAAAGAAUGCGACAGAACUCUGUGAUGAAAUGAAAAGGAAAGGAUUCAUUCCCAGUAGCAAAUCUUACAACUCACUGGUGAACGCUUUAGCUUUGGGUGGAGAGGUAGAAAAUGCAGUAAAAUUAUUGCGGGAGAUGAAUGACAAUCAACGAUCAGUUGACUUCAUUACGUACAAGACAGUGGCUGAUGAAAUAUGCCGGCAACAGAGUGUACAUAAUGCUAUGAGUUUUUUGAAGGAGUUGCAUGACAAGGAUCUUAUCGAUGGCCAUACUUAUAAGAAGCUUUCAUAUGAACUUGAAGACAAUUAUCCCAAUUCCCAAGAUAAGCGUGGGCGUGGCAAAUUGUUAUAGAUAACUGAUGAUUUUGUUGAUAAUCCUCUGGUAGCAGUGGUAAUGAUUCCGUUCUUCAGCCAAUUAUGCCAACUAAGCCACUAGGUUCAUCCGUAGACUCAUUAGAAAAUCACUUACACAUCUCAAAUGGUGUUUGAACUGAAGAUUGGAUUUCAUUAGGCUUGGUGGGUUGCGGUUCAAAGUGGUCCUGCAACUCGUAAUGGGUGGAAAACAGGCUAUCGUUUGCAAUCUAAUGAUGGUGGCUUGGAUUCAUUGGCUAGCCUGGUAUGUCUCUUCAUUGCCUUUGUUGUGUUUGAGUUCUCAUACCCGUUUAGAUAUGCAUUUUAUG